GGGCCUGCCCUGCAGAUGGCUGUGUCAGCCCCAGGGACCUCAUGAGAGGGGCCCAGCAGAUGUGGACAUGGCUCCUUUCCCAUGCAGAGAUGCCUUCCCGUCUGCGGCCUCUAACAGUUCAGACAAGGGUUUUUGACUUAAAUGCACAAGGAACAGCAAAUGUUGAGCAGACCCAGGGGGUGCCCAGCUGAGGCCCCUGCAGCCCACCCCACCAGCCCUGUGUCACCUCUUUGAGGUGGACCCUGCUCUGGGCCACCACCCACAUUCCUGCCAAGCCACCACCAGACUGUCCAAAGACACCGUGCACUUCUACUUUUAUUUAAGUCACCUUCCGCAACUCCAGUGAUGUUUGAAAGUUGACUGUGCAGUCUUGCACAUCUUCUCUUAGAUUGACUGUUAGAUAUUUGGUUGUUUUUAUUUUCUUGUUUUAUUUUUGUCCAUAGUAUAGUGAGGGUCCACCUGCAGGCUUGUCUGUGGCUAUCUAGUUUCCCGUGGUAUGUGGGUAAGGUGGUCCUCACCUGCAAGACCUGAAGCGCCCUUGUGUCCAGCUCUCUGUUGGUGGCCUGAGGAGCUGAACGUCACAGCACACUGUCACCUAAGGGAGGCCCAGCACCUUCACUGAAGGCCCAGUUCUGACCCCUCUCUCCCCAACAGCAGAUACGCAUAACCUGGAGUCCAUGCUUGGCCAUGGCCACACUCAGCACUGCCCAGCACCCAGCACCCAGCACCCAGCACCUAGUGAUUCAGUGCUGCUGUUGUAGUCCACUUGAGGCCCUGUAACAGAAUGCUUCAGACUGGGCAGUUUAUCAACAACAGGGUUUGUUUCUCCCUUCUGGAGACAGGAAGCCCAGGAUCAAGGCACUGUCAGAGUCGGUGACCAGGGAGGACUGGCUCUUAGAUAGUCUUGUUACUGUGUUAGCUCUCUGGGCUCUUUUACAAGGGCACAGACCCCAUUCAUGAGAACUCCACCCCCACAACCUAAUCACUGCCUAACUCCAUCAUCUUGGGGAUAAGGACUUCAAGCAUGAAUUUGUGGGACACUGUGGUUCAGACCAUGGCAGCUGGUAUUAGCCAAGCACCACAGAGUUGGGCCUGGACUAUGUAUUUAAUGCAAAUCUGUCCACAGUGCCCAGCCCAGCUGCCUCUGGCUUCCUGCCCGCAGGUAAACAAUAACGGGAUCAUCUCCUUCCUGAAGGAGGUUUCUCAGUUCACACCCGUGGCCUUCCCCAUUGCCAAUGACCGCUGCGUGGUGGCAGCCUUCUGGGCAGAUGUGGACAACCGGCGUGCAGGUGACGUGUACUACCGGGAGGCCACCGACCCGGCCAUUCUGCACACAGCCACCGAGGACAUCAGGCGCUACUUCCCCGAGCUCCUGGACUUCUUGGCCACUUGGGUUUUUGUCGCCACGUGGUACCGAGUGACCUUCUUUGGAGGCAGCUCCUCCUCCCCUGUCAACACAUUCCAGACCAUACUUAUCACUGAUGGCAAGGUCUCCUUCACCAUCUUCAACUACGAGUCCAUCACCUGGACCACGGGCACGCACGCCAGCAGCGGGGGUGAUGCCACUGGCCUAGGGGGCAUUGCAGCCCAGGCCGGCUUCAACGCGGGUGAUGGGCAGCGUUACUUCAACAUCCCAGGCUCACGCACAGCAGACAUGGCUGAAGUGGAGGCCACCACCAACGUGGGCGUGCCCGGGCGCUGGGCGUUCAGAAUCGAUGAUGCCCAGGUGCGCGUGGGGGGCUGCGGCCAUACAACCUCCGUGUGCCUGGCCCUGCGCCCGUGCCUCAAUGGCGGCAAAUGCAUUGAUGACUGUGUCACCGGCAACCCCUACUACACCUGCUCCUGCCUCGCAGGCUUCACCGGGCGGAGGUGCCAGCUGGACGUGAAUGAGUGUGCUUCACACCCAUGUCAGAAUGGCGGGAUUUGCACAAAUGGGGUCAACAGCUUCAGCUGCCAGUGCCGGGCCGGCUUCAGGGGCCCCACCUGUGAGUCAGCCCAGUCUCCAUGUGAUGACAGAGGGUGUCAGAAUGGCGGCCAGUGCCAGGCCGAGAGCAGCUCUGCAGUGUGCGUGUGUCUGGCUGGGUACACAGGGACUGCCUGUGAGACAGAUGUGGACGAGUGUAGCUCCAACCCAUGCCUAAACGGAGGCGCCUGUGUGGACCUGGUGGGGAACUACAGCUGCGUGUGUGCAGAGCCCUUCGAGGGACCUCGAUGUGAGACAGGAAGCCACCCAGUGCCCGAUGCCUGCCUCUCAGCCCCUUGCCAGAAUGGGGGCACAUGUGUGGAUGCAGAUCAGGGCUACGUGUGCGAGUGCCCAGAAGGCUUCAUGGGCCUGGACUGUAGGGAGAGAACCCACAGUGACUGUGAGUGCCGCAAUGGAGGCAGAUGCCUGGGUGCCAACUCUACCCUCUGCCAGUGCCCUCCAGGCUUCUUUGGGCUCCUCUGUGAAUUUGAGGUUACAGCCACACCUUGCAACAUGAACACCCAGUGCCCGGACGGAGGCUACUGCAUGGAGUACGGUGGGAGCUACCUUUGCGUCUGCCACACAGAUCACAACAUCAGCCACUCCCUGCCAUCACCCUGCGACUCGGACCCUUGCUUCAACGGAGGUUCCUGUGAUGCCCAGGACGACUCCUACACGUGCGAGUGCCCGCGCGGGUUCCACGGCAGGCACUGCGAGAAAGCCCGACCACACCUGUGCAGCUCAGGGCCCUGCCGGAACGGGGGCACCUGCAAGGAGGCAGGUGGCGAGUACCACUGCAGCUGCCCCUACCGCUUCACCGGGAGGCAUUGUGAGAUCGGGAAACCAGACUCAUGCGCCUCUGGCCCCUGUCACAAUGGUGGCACCUGCUUCCACUACAUUGGCAAAUACAAGUGUGACUGUCCUCCAGGCUUUUCUGGACGGCACUGUGAGACAGUCCCAUCCCCCUGCUUCCGGAGCCCAUGUUUGAAUGGGGGAACCUGUGAGGAUCUGGGCACAGAUUUCUCCUGUCGCUGCCAAGUAGGGUUCACAGGACGCCGGUGCCAGGCAGAGGUGGACUGCGGCCGGCCUGAGGAGGUGGAACAUGCCUCAAUGCACUUCAAUGGGACUCACGUGGGCUCUGUGGCCCUGUACAUGUGUGACCAUGGCUACAGCCUGAAUGCCCCUAGCCACUUCCGUGUCUGCCAGCCACAGGGUGUCUGGAGCCAGCCUCCUCAGUGCCUCGAAGUGGACGAGUGCCGUUCUCAGCCCUGCCUGAAUGGGGGCUCCUGCCAGAGCCACACCGCGGGGUACCACUGUCUCUGCAGCGCAGGGUACGAGGGAGCCCACUGCGAGCUGGAGGUGGACGCCUGUGACUCCAGCCCCUGCCUGCAUGGAGGUCGCUGUGAGAAUGGUGGCGGGGCCUACCUGUGUGUCUGCCCAGAGGGCUUCUUCGGCUAUCACUGUGAGACAGUGAGUGACCCCUGCUUCUCCAUCCCCUGUGGGGGCCGCGGCUACUGCUUAGCCAGCAACGGGUCCCACAGCUGCACCUGCAAAGUGGGCUACACGGGCAAGGACUGUGCCACAGAGCUCCUCCCACCAACGGCCCUCAGGGUGGACAGAGUGGAGGAGAGUGGGGUCUCCAUCUCCUGGAGCCCCCCCGACAGCCCCACCGCCAGGCAGGUGCUAGAUGGUUAUGCCGUCACCUACGUCUCCUCCGAUGGCUCCUACCGCCGCACAGACUUUGUGGAUAGGAGCCACACCUCACACCAGCUGAGGGUCCUGGCACCUGGCCGGGCCUACAACAUCUCUGUCUUCUCGGUCAAGCGCAACACCAACAACAAGAACGACAUCAGUCGGCCAGCAGCACUGCUCACCCGCACACGACCCCACCCUGUGGAGGACUUCGAGGUCACCAACGUGACAGCCAAUGCUAUCUCAGUGCACUGGGCUCUGCACAGGAUCCAUCACGCCACUGUCAACAGGGUGCGUGUGUCCAUCCUCCACCCAGAGGCUCCUGAGGCCCAAGCCACUGACGUGGACAGGAGUGUGGACCAGCUCACAUUCGGGGCCCUGCUGCCAGGAAGGAGAUACACCAUGUGGGUGGCUGCCCUCAGUGGGCCUGGGGAAGUGGAGCAGCCCACGGAGAGCCGGGCCUCAGCACAGCUGCACGUUUGGACCCGGCCCCUGCCACCAGCAAAUCUGACUGCCGCCCGUGUCACAGCCACCUCUGCCCACAUGGUCUGGGAUGCCCCCACACCAGGAGUGUCGCUGGAGGCUUAUGUCAUCAACGUGACCACCAGCCAGAGCACCAAGAGCCGCUAUGUCCCCAAUGGGAAGCUGGUGUCCUACACAGUGCGCGACCUGCUGCCUGGGUGGCGAUACCAGCUCUCGGUGACAGCUGUGCAGGGCACAGAGCAGGGCCAGCUGCACAGUGAGCCUGCGCACCUCUACAUCAUCACGUCCCCCAGGGACAGCACCGACAGACGCUGGCACCAGGGAGGACACCACCCCCGGGUGCUCAAGAACAGACCACCCCCCAUGCGCCUGCCAGAGCUGCGCCUGCUCAAUGACCACAGCAUCACUGAGACACUGACCCAGCCUCCCAGGUACCUGGAGCUUGUGGAUGGAAGGGGACGAGUGAGUGCCAGGUUUGGUGGCUCACCCAGCAAACCGGUCACCUUGAAAUCACAACCCACCCUCUUGCCACUGGAGAACACGGAGGAGGUCCCUGAGCAGGUCCACCUGGCCUUCCAGCUCCCUGAGCGCAGCAACAAGGACACAGAAAGUGCCCCAGGAAGCUGCUCAGAAAAUGCCUGUCACAAUGGAGGUACCUGUGUGCCUGGCACUGACACCUACAGCUGUGACUGCAGGCCAGGGUUCAAAGGCAGGCGCUGUGAGCUCGCCUGUGAAAAGGUGCCUCGCCCCUGCACAAGGCUGUUCUCGGAGACAAAGUCCUUUCCGGUCUGGGAGGGAGGCGUCUGCCACCAUGUGUAUAAAAGAAUCUACAAAGUCCACCAAGAUGUCUGCUUCAAAGAGCGCUGUGAAAGCACAAGGCUCAAAACCCCAAACAGGAAACAAAGUAACAGUCAAACACUGAAGAAACCUUAAGGUAUGUUACCCCACCAACCUGAGCGCUGUUGGCCAGAGGGAAAGGUGGGCUCACCUGCCCCAGGCCAAGUACUGCAGCUUCUCUUGGCAAUGCCACAACAAGCAAGCAGGUGCUGCUGUUACAACGCUGAACAGAGGCUGUGGAAUCCCUACCCAUACCUCCCAGCAGGCAUAACCUGGUCAGCUUUAAACAUAGUCAUCUCCAGGUGGAAAUAAGUUCCUCUCUCGGGGAAGGACAGCAGCUACAGUGGGGCCCUCAAAAAGGCUGGCAACCUCCCAGAAGAACACCUGGACUCCUGGAGGGAGACUGGAUCAGGUGGUGGGAGGGCAAGGCAGGUGAAGAACCCUAGGGGUACCAGAAGAGCAUCCUACUGCAAAUGGGAUUCUACUGGAAGAAAAAUGGAUGGUCACUGGACAUCUGAGAGGUCCUGAAGACAGCAGACACUGUUAUUCUAUGCAUCAUGAACCCUGAAAUCAAAGUAACACUACCUUUAUUUGAUCCAUCAUUUCCCAAACUCUUCUGGCAGAUAAACCCCUGUACCACCCUUACUUGCCUGCCCCCAUAUGCUCUGCUGAUUCCUAAAGAGCAUUAGUAUUCACAAAGGUUUGGAAAAUACUAGGUGGGACCACAAACCCACCUGCAGCCUGCAGUCUGUUCCUCACUGAACUUCUCAGGCACACCACGUCACUGGGAUGAAAGCCUGAUGGUCUCCAACAGCUGCCUGUGCUGCCCUGGACAAGCUGGCCUUGCAGGGUGGGAGGGGCCUCUGUCAGGAGCCACCUUGGGCACAGUCUGCCUUCUCACAUAGCCGAGGAGGUGAAGAGGAAAUAUCACUCAAAGGCUAUAGACCAGCCAGAAGCACAGGGACUUCUGGGAUUGUCUCAUACCAAGGAGGGGACCAUAUCAACGGGGGGUUGGGGGGUACAGCUCCACAGGCAUCAGAAGAACAAGCAGUAGUGGAGGCGUAUGUGACAGAGUGCCUAACAGCCAAUCCAGGGCAGAUGUGAAGUCUGUCAAGAACAGCUGACAACACUCAGUUCCUGUCCCCUCACUUCACCCUCUAAAGAUAGACAUAAUGCCCCAAUUGUGCAAGCAAUUCAAUCCUGGUAGGGACCAAGAACUCACAGACAUCCUCAGGGCUUGAAAUAUAUCUAUGUCAGGGCACCCAAAAUAUUAAUGUGUAUCAAAAACUCGUCUAGCAAAUGUUUCUGUAAAAACUAUAUAAACCCCAACUAAUUAUCAAACACUGACAUAUAAAACAUUUAUUUUGAAACAAUGAGGAAAACAAGAAACAGAAAUACAUCCAUCCAGACAAAAAUUCUUUUCAAUCCAGAGCAGCCUCAGCAAGGAGACUCAGCAUCACCAAGGGAAAGAGGUGGAGGAGCAGGUGCCUGUGGAUUCAAAUGCAAGCCUCAAGGCUGAGCCCAGGCAGCCCUGAAGCCAGAGUGAGUCUGGGCCUCCACUCCCAUGCUCUCCUCCACACACAGCCAGGUUGGAAUUCUGACACUGGAAGAGUAUGGAUGCGCUGGGGGACAGUGCCAAUAACCUCCAAUUUUAAAAGGCAGUUGUGCAAAAAGGAGGAAG